AUGUACCUUUACGACUCCGAGGCUUGUGGAUACAAACUUAGGAAAGCUAAGUUAAUAUCGAACCUACAAAUCAGCAAUGAGACCUAUGGCCUUGAUGUUCUUCCUAUAAGAUGGCAGCCAGCUAUAACGACUGUGUCCACUCGUCUCUCGGCUAAAACUAGAAAAGAGAUACAAGUAUGGAUGUCCCUACAUUUGCUGUGGAUGCUGUUUGCCGUCAUCAACAUGACGCAAGGACAACGUUCGUGCAGUUUCUACGCCACCCUGCUACCAUUCACCAUUACCGGGAUUGCUCUGCUCAUUACUGAUGUAAUAUACGCCAUUUUGUUUCUGAUCGACGCUCGAUACACUUACACGGAAUCGGCGAUACUCCUCUACCUGACCAAUAAUGGACAUCUUCGAGCUAUAAUGAAGAAGCCAUUAGCACCAGCGCAGGACGUGGAAGACACAUCCUGGAUAGCCGUCAGUAUGGCUUACUGCAGCAUGAGGGGUAUCGUACAAUGGCUGCUCAACUUCUGGAUCGUUAAGGACAAUUAUUUUGAAGGAUUGGAACAUUAUCGCAGUUUGGAGUACAUUAAGCCAAGGAUGCGUCGAAAGAGUUCCUCAUUGAACUUGUGA